GUAUUACGACCCGGAUGUUAAUUCUGGUGAGUCUUCAUUUGAAUGCUUAUUUUAUUGGCUAAAAGACCACAAUAAAGGGUGACGUUGCUCUCAGACAAUGACGUCAUGGCUCACAUCACCAUCAACCAGUAUCUGCAGCAGGUUUCCGAAGCCAUCGACAACCAGAAGGGGUCACUUUGUGCUGAGCUGUUGUCUUUUAAACACCCACAUGUGGCCAACCCACGGCUCCAGCUGGCCAACCCAGAGGACAAAUGUCAGCAGGUUCUUGAGCCGCCGUAUGACGAGAUGGUGGCUGCUCAUCUCAGGUGUACAUAUGCAGUCGCCAAUCACGACUUUGUAGAGGCCUACAAGUUCCAGACCAUUGUUGUCCAAUAUCCUUUAUGGUGGCUUAAGCAAUUAUUUAAUCAUCUUAUAAUGGCAUUGUACAGUCAAAAAUCUUUUUCAAAAAAUAGGCAAGACUCACUGUUGCCUCCUUGAUUUCUCACAUCCUUUUUAAGAGGAUUUCAGUCACACAAAGAGGAGAACUGGGCGCUGCCUGUCAUGUUCACAGUCACUCUGGAUCUCAGGAUAUUUGCCAAUAAUGCAGAGCAACAGUUGCAACAAAAGGGCAAAGGUCAACCGAGUGAGAUGCUGGAAAAAGCAGCUGAGCAACUAAUGAGCUGCUUUCGAAUAUGUGCCAGUGACAAUCGAGCUGGGAUCGAGGACUCGAAGAAGUGGGGCAUGAUGUUUCUAAGCAACCAGCUCUUCAAGAUCUACUUUAAGAUCAAUAAGCUGCAUUUGUGCAAGCCGCUCAUCAGGGCCAUUGAUAGCUCCAACUUGAAGAACGACUACAGUCCAGCUCAGAAGGUCACUUACAAAUACUACGUGGGCCGCAAGGCCAUGUUUGACAGUGACUUCAAACCAGCCGAGGAGUUUCUGUCUUAUUCCUUCCGACACUGCCAUCGUGCCAGUCAGAAGAACAAGAGAAUGAUUCUCAUCUACCUGCUGCCAGUCAAGAUGCUGCUGGGCCACAUGCCGACACUUCAGCUCCUGGAGAAGUACGACCUCCUGCAGUUUGCCCAAGUCACCAAGGCUGUCAGUGACGGGAACUUGCUCCUGCUGAAUGAAGCUCUGUCCAAACACGAGACCUUCUUCAUCCGCUGUGGCAUCUUCCUCAUCCUGGAGAAGCUCAAGAUCAUCACCUACAGGAAUCUCUUCAAGAAAGUGUACCUACUGCUGAGGACCCACCAGCUGCCUCUGGACACCUUCCUGGUGGCCCUGAAGAUGAUGAAGGUGGAGGAUGUCGAUGUUGAUGAGGUGCAGUGUAUCCUGGCUAACCUCAUCUACAUGGGUCACAUCAAAGGUUACAUCUCACACCAACACCAGAAGCUUGUGGUCAGCAAACAGAAUCCCUUCCCUCCGCUGUCUACAAUCUCCUAGGCCUCAGUGACAGUCUCAGCUAAAAAUCAUUUUUGUAUAACAAACUGUAAAAUGUAAAAGGAAAGCCACUGCUUUGGAAUGCUCUGUGACUCCUUCAUUCUUGAACGAUGCUCAUUUUAUUCAUUAUGCGUAAUAGGCAUUUAGCUUCAAUUUUGAUUUGACUUUCGGGUUUUCUUGUCUGGAUUCAAACACAGCAGGAACAUGUUUCACAGUUCCAUUUUUAUCAAUUUAAAAAAAAAUAAAAAUAAAAUAAAAAAUCCCAUUCACAUUUCA